AUGGACAAUGUAGAGCAGAAUGUCGAUCAUUGUCUGGAUGCAGAGUUUGUGGAUGUUUAUAAAGGUACAAAUGGUGUGAUCAUGGUGUAUGAUAUUACUAAACAAUGGACAUUUAGUUACAUUGAACGAGAAAUUGUUAAAAUUCCGUGCCACAUCCCAGUCUUGGUACUUGGGAACCACAGAGACAUGGGCCAUCAUCGGACUGUGCUGGAAGACAAAGCUGUCUACUUUGUGGAUAGUUUACAACGGGGGAAAGAUGCAGCACAAGUACGUUAUGCUGAGUCCUCGAUGCGGAAUGGAUUUGGCCUGAAAUACCUCCACAAAUUUUUUAACUUACCAUUUCUGCAGUUACAAAGAGUGACCCUGCUGAAACAGUUGGAAAUUAACUCUGAAGACAUUCGUUCCACAAUUGAGGAAUUGAAUAUACAUGAAGAAUCAGAAGAACAGAAUUAUGACAUAUUUAUUGAUAACUUGAGUGCCCAAAGACGACAGCAGCAGGAAAAAUUAGCCGAAAAAGCCAUUGAAGAAGCCCGACAGAAACAAGCCGAGUUAGCUGCUGCUAAUGCUGUUACUAAUGGUACUGUUUCCCAACCAGUUUCCCGGUCAUCAUCAGCAACUUCACUACCCAAGCUGUCAACAUCUCAUUCUUAUUCCCACUCACUACCCACUUCGAACAUGCCUACCGGGGACAUGUCACAGUCUCCCACAAAUCAGCCCCAAGCUUCAAAUGGAGGCGGAAACACUUCUUCCUCAGCUGCAAGCACACCACAGACUGAACCUAAGACUGGAUUCUUUUCACGGAUAUUUGGCAGUAAGCAGCAAAUUUCUGCCCCUGAUUACAAUAGCCAAGCAGAUGGUGGAAUUGAGAUUGCUCAAAUUGCCGUGGAGCCUAAAACUGUGAAAAGUGUUGAAGAAUUUAUUCCAGAUGGUGAAGAAUUGGAUAGCAACUUUUUGGAUGAUACAAAAGACCAUCGUAUGAAUAACACGGUCAACACUAUAGGAAAAGAGAAAGAGAGUGACAGUGAAGAAGAGUAUGGCGGGAAUCCAAUGGUUGCUGGUUUUCAGGAUGAGCUUGACUCUGAGGAUGAAGUGACAUUAAAAGAUGGUGGAGAGAACAAAACACAGAUUCCUCCUGCCCUUGACGUGUCAAGUGAUGAAGAUGCCAUGGUUGUGCCUGUUGCACGGAGGAAGUCUUCUGGUGGGAAUAGUGCUUCCAAUAAGUCUACUGCAAUUCUCAGCCAAUCCUCGAACAUGAAGACUCACCAAAAACUUUCUUCGGAUUCUGAUCUCGAUUUUAUGCCCAAAGCACCAGAAAAAGUUCAACAACAAGCAUCUGAAGAUGAAGAUGAUGAAGAGCUUUCUAGUUUACAUAUUAUGCAGGAUGUGGAAGACAUCAGUGAUGAAGACAUUUCUAACAAUACGUCCAGUAACUCUACAUUAGGAUACAAAUCAAAUACACAGAUAUCUGGUCAUCAAACACUAGAUUUGAAAUUUGAAGACCUUAGUAUUCUGGAGAAGGGACUGAAUUUAUCAUUAGAGGCUGAUAAUUGCCACAUAACUGCUGGAGACACGGACCGUGAAUCAACAGCCAGUGAUAAAAAGAAAAAGAAAAAGAAAGAUAAGGAUGAAGAGAAGUCAAGCAAGAAGCAUAAAAAGAAGAAAGACAAAAGCAGUGAUUCAAAGGACGUCAAAUCCUCCAAGAAGAAAAAUGGCACCGCUGAUUGCGAGUUUCCUAUCGGAUACCGAUUCAUUCGUCCUUUCUUUCUCCGUCUCCGAGCCUUUACUUGCCAGUCUCUUCUCUCUUUGCAUGCAAUGUCAAUGAAACCGGUGGAUACUGCUAUUAGGCUUUAUUUUGACUUCCUCUUCAGUCUUUCUCCCCCUCCUCAAAAGUGGAACAACCAAAAUAAAUUGCUCUUCGCCACAAUGGACGGCCAGCAGUAUCUGUUUCUCAGGUGUUAG